AUCAUGGCUGAGCGGGGCUAGCAUUCACGGUCAACAUUUUUUAACUUUUGUGAAAAAGAAAAACAGCUUGGACACAAGUCUGAAGUGUGGUCUCUAGAGAGGAAACCCACUGAGCGCGACUUAAUGCAGCUCACUGGGGCUGACAGUACCUCUGUCCGCGCGUAAGCUAUUUUGGCAUUUGUGCGUCUUUUUGGCUGACGGCAUAAAUAUAGAGAAAGCCGGUAUUUUUAGUCUUCAACUCCUUCAGACACUCACCCGUGUCCAUAAUGGUCAGAAGGAUGAGUAUUCACUCGGCCCUCUUACCAAUACUGGUGUUGGAACUUAUGACAAGCUCAGUGCGCUGUGCUCCGCUGCCCGGCAGGCAGAGCGGCCCCGUGGAGCGACACUGGGAGACACUCUACUCUCGUUCCUUAGCUCGAAUCCCUGGGGAAAAGAGAGAUAUCAGUCGGGACAGUGAUUAUCUCACGGGCAUUAAAAGACUGCGGCGUCUCUACUGCAAUGUUGGCAUUGGGUUUCAUCUCCAAGUAUUACCGGACGGUAAAAUUACCGGCGUGCACAACGAAAACCGCUACAGUCUUCUUGAGAUAUCUCCGGUGGAGAGGGGAGUUGUGACACUGUUUGGCGUCCGGAGCAGGCUAUUCGUGGCAAUGAACAGCAAAGGAAAGCUUCACGGAUCUGCGCAGUUCACGAGCGAGUGCAAAUUCAAAGAAAAGCUCCUUGCAAACAAUUACAACGCGUACGAAUCGAUGGCACAUCCUGGGAUGUACAUUGGACUGAGCAAGACUGGCAAAACAAAAAAAGGAAAUCGAGUAUCAACGGCCAUGACGGUGACACAUUUCUUGCCUAGAAUUUGAGCUCAUUUGGAGGGGCGCAAAUCUCAGAGCGAGCUGGGGAAACUCCGGGACGAUGCACUUCCUACAGAAGUUACAUAUGAGGUUGUGUGUAUCGUGUCAUGUAUGUAUAUAUUAGACUAUUUAUAACUGUUGUUUUUUAUUUCAACGUCCUCUUCACCGAGAUGGAAAAAACAAUUUAUUUAUUUGUUAUUAAGUUAUCCUCGUUGCUGCUACCACGUGUUUCUAUAAAAGUGAAA